CUCCUCGACAAAGCUCUAACAUCACCUCCAACGCCAUUCUCAAGCUAUCGACAUCCCACAUUCCCCAUUUCAUCCACGAGGCAGCAUGUUUCAACUCUCAGAAGAGUCCAAGGAGCGCAUUACGCGCAUCAUCGACGUCUCCCGCGUUGCGAUCCACUAUGGUUACCUGCCAUUGAUUCUCUACCUCGGAUACUCUCGCAGCGAGCCCAAGCCGUCUCUCAUCCGACUCUUCUCCCCUCUUGCGUAACCAUCCAUAGUAUUACUAUACAACACACGAAGUUCGAAGGGGCGACGAUGAAGCCCGCUGUACAACACACACCUUUAUAAUCAGGCGCACUGGAUAGUUUGGGACAUGUAUAGAAAAAGGGGCAGACUGACAUUGGGUCGUGUAUUCUAAACAGCUCCGCUCUCUGAGGGGGUCGCUCAUUGCUGGCUGGCUUGCAGCAGCAGCAGCAGCAGCAGCAGCUGGACACGGACGGGACGUAAAGGAGCCGCGAAUAUGUAUAUCUACUACCACGGAUGAGUUUAAUGGAACCGAAUUCAGACGGCCGGUAGGCUUGCGCGCCGAGCCGAUGCCGAUUGAAGCCCAAGUCCGAAUCAUGAUGAGCAAGUGUUGCACAUGCACGAUACCAUUUGCUCUCGGUGAUGGCCCAAGAUCCCAAGGUGUGGCCAAAGCCUUGAGGUGGCCGCUGGGUAUAUUGGCGUU